AGAAAAGGAGUUCUCUUCUUCACUCUCUCUCUUUCUCUCCAUCUGUCUCCUCACUGGCUGCACAUCAGCCGCUCUGUAGGUAGAGGCGAGUGAAGCGUUCUGGAAGCCACAGAGGAAGAGGAGGAAGGAUGACAGAGCUGCCAGAGCUCUGAGACACACUCAGAACAUUUGUCUGGACUUAUAAGACCCAUUUUCCCACCAGGGGGGUGGGAGAGAGGGUGUAAUCACUUUUUCUGAGAUUUGAAGGUGUCUUUGGGUCCAACUCCAAAUCCUUGGGAGAGCUCCAGAGGGGGACAAGGCCAAGGAUCCAACAGAACAAGGAAGGCUGGCAACUUGUGGUUGGCAAGGCACGAGGAGAACCAGGACGAGGCACGAGGAGAACCAGGGCAGGACCAGGGGAACCAGAACCGAGGAGACAGGAACGCUGGAGAUAAGAAGAGUCUGGACUCAGGACAGAACCCAAGCAUCCAUUUGAUACUGAAUUCCUUACACUCAGCUGCUACCAUCUCAAAGUCUGUUGUAUUAAACUGUCAUCAUGGGGAUGAAAAGAUUCCUCUUGAGUUGUAUUACUGCUGCUGUGCUGCUCCAUCUUUCCAAUGCUGGCCUGGUCAAGAAGAUCAUCCGCCACCGUAGAGAGGCCCUGAUGCCCAAAAAACCCCAGGAAAAUCUGACCCUGCCCCAUCCCGACCAGCCGGUGGUGUUCAACCAUGUUUACAACAUCAACGUCCCCUCCACUUCCUUCUGCUCUGUGGACCUGGACUCACCAGGAGGCACAGAGCUCAAUCACAAGAGCGCCUCCAACGACAUGCAGAACAGCGAGCACAUGGAGCACACGAUGGAUGGAGACAACCAGAUCGUUUUCACCCACCGUAUCAAUAUUCCCAAAAAGGCAUGCGACUGCAACAACCACCUGCCAGACAUGAAAGACAUCCUGAACAGACUGGAAAUGUUGGAGUCUGAGCUGUCCAGUCUGAGAGAACAGUGCAGCGGUGGAGCAGGCUGCUGUGGAGCUCAGGUUACAGUUUCACCAGCCAAAGACCUGACAGUGGUGGAGGUCAGCCCAGAAACCGUGGACCUGUCCUGGGAGAAUGAGAUGCGUGUGACAGAGUACUUCGUCACCUAUGUGCCCACUGCCCCUGGAGGUCUAGAGCUGGACAUGCGGGUGCCUGGGGACCAGAAGGAGGCCACCAUUCGGGAGCUUGAGCCUGGUGUGGAGUACCUGAUCAGUGUCUACGCUGUACUCAGCAACAAGAGGAGUGUUCCCGUCAGUGCUCGGGUGGCAACACAUCUUCCUGAGCCUGAGGGCCUUAAGUUUAAGUCAGUUCGAGAAACGUCAGUGGAAGUGCAGUGGGACCCACUGGAUAUUCCUUUUGAUGGCUGGAACCUCAUAUUUAGGAACACGAAAGAGGAGGAUGGAGAGAUUCUUAGCUCACUCAACCGUCCAGAGACCACCUUUGAGCAGUCUGGUCUAGGUCCAGGACAGGAGUACGAGGUCAAACUGGAGGUGGUGAAAAACAACAAGCGAGGGCCGCCUGCUUCCAAAAACGUCGUCACAAUGAUUGAUGCCCCCAGCCAGGUGGAUGUGCAUGACCUGACCGAAACUACCGCCCUGGUGACCUGGUUCCAACCCGUGGCUGCUGUGGAUGGCAUCACCAUGGCCUUCUGGCCAAGUCUAAACCCUGUUGAUCGAAAAGUGAUCGAGCUGUCCUCCACUGACACCCAGUACCAUCUGGGAGGACUGAGCCCCGACACCCGAUACAAGGUGUCUCUGUCAGCCAGGAGGGGGGAACACAGAAGCUCCCCUGUAUACGUCUCCUUCCUCACAGACCUGGACGCUCCCAGAGACCUGCACACCGUGGAUCUGACAGAUGAGAGCAUCACUCUGGAGUGGAAAAACAGCCGGGCUCAGGUGGACCAGUAUCGCAUCAAGUAUGGCCCACUGUCUGGAGGCGAGCAUGGAGAACUGCUCUUCUCUCCUGGACCUAAAGACUCCACCCAGGCUAAGAUCACUGACCUGAGACCAGGAACAGAGUACGGGAUGGGUGUGACAGCAGUGAAGGAUGAACGGGAGAGUCUGCCCACCACCACUAACGCAGUGACAGCCCUGGAUGCUCCCAAAGACCUUACUGUAGCAACGGUAACUGAGACCACCAUGAUGCUGGAGUGGAAGCACCCUGUAGCUAAAUUAGACACCUACAGACUGGUCUACGUUUCAGCUGAUGGCCAAAGGGCUGAAGACAUGGUCCCAGGCAGCUCUGAGUCUCACAUCCUGAAAGGCCUGACGCCCGGUAUGCUGUAUACCAUCAGCAUGACUGCAGAGAGGGGCCGCAGAACUAGUGAACCCACGACCAUCUCAGCCCCCACAGACAAAGAGAAGCCGAUGAUAACUAACGUCACAAUCAGCAAUGUCUCAUGGGAGAGCUUCCUGUUUUCCUGGUCUGCUGAAGACGGGGUGUUCGAGGCCUUUCUGAUCGAGGUUACCGAUGCAGAGACGGGGUUUGAGUGUCAGAACCACACGAUGCCUGCUGAUGCUCGCAGCCUCACCUUCUCUGGCCUUGCCCCCAGUACCUGGUACAGGGUCAGUCUGUACGGGGUGUACAGGGGUGUGGUUUUAGACCCUGUCUUUGCAGAAACCAUCACAGAGAUCGAACCGGAGGUGGAAGCUCUCCUAGUCUCUGACAUAACCCCCGACAGCUUUGUGCUGACCUGGAUGGCUGAGGAGGACAUCUUUGACACAUUUGUUCUAAUGCUAAGUCAGGACGAGGACCCAGGCCAACCCAGAGAACUGGUUCUGGGUGGUGAGGAGAGAAAUGCAACAUUGACAGAUCUCACUGAGGACACCAAGUACAACGUUGAGCUCUUUGGUCUCAGUUUGGGAAGAAGCUCCAAGUCUGUAACAAAGAGAGUGAGAACAGACCUGGGUUCACCUAGGGGCAUCCGUUUCUCUGAAGUAACCGACACAUCUGCCACUGUUCACUGGGUGACUCCGAGAGCUCGGGUGGACACCUACCAGGUCACCUACGUACCCGCCCAUGGAGGCAAUGCUAACACGCUGACUGUGGACGGCUCUGACUCUCAGACCGUGUUGCCCCACCUGACACCUGGAGUCACGUAUGAGGUCACUAUUGUCGCUGUCAAAAGUCAAAGAGAAAGUGAGCCUGGAUCUGACAGCAUCACCACAGCUCUGGAUAAGCCUCGUGGUCUGACUGCAGUCAACAUCACAGACACUGAGGCCCUGUUGUUGUGGCAGCCUGCCAUUGCUACAGUAGAUGGUUAUGUCAUCACAUACAGUGCUGACUCUGUGGCUCCGGUGAUGGAGCGUGUAUCUGGAAAUGUGGUGGAGUUUGAGAUGAACUCCCUGACGCCAGCGACACACUACACUGUGAAGGUCUACGCUGUGAGAGACUUGGCCAAGAGCGCAGCCACUACAGCAGAGUUUACCACAGAUGUGGAUGCUCCUCAGGACCUUGCAGCCAGCAACAUCCAGACAGAGAACACUAUGCUCACCUGGAAGCCCCCCCGUGCUGACAUCACUGGCUACAUCCUCAGCUUUGAGUCUGCCGGUGGAACCAUUCGGGAGGUGGUCUUGAGUCCCACCGCCGUGUCAUACAACAUGGCUCAGCUGACCGCCUCCACCGAGUACACGGUCAGGCUGCAGGCCCUCGCUGGGCCCAAGAGAAGCCGAGUCAUCAGCACCGUCUUCACCACCACUGGUGUGCUUUACAGACACCCCCGGGACUGCUCCCAAACCCUGCUGAAUGGUGACACCUCCCCAGGCCUGUACACCAUCUACAUUGGGGGGGAUGAGAGCCAGCCCCUGCAGGUGUACUGCGACAUGAGCACCGAUGGAGGUGGAUGGAUUGUUUUUCUCCGACGUCAAAGUGGUCACCUGGAGUUCUUCCGCAACUGGAAGAAUUACACAGCUGGUUUUGGAGACAUGAAUGAUGAAUUCUGGCUUGGUCUGUCCAACUUGCACAAGAUCACAGCUGGAGGACAGUAUGAGCUGCGAGUUGACCUCAGGGAUAAGGGAGAGACUGCAUACGCUCAAUACGACAAGUUCUCUGUCUCCGAACCUCGAAGCCGCUACAAAGUUCAUGUAGGAGGAUACAGCGGGACAGCAGGUGACUCUAUGACCUACCACCAUGGGCGUCCAUUCUCCACAUUUGACCAUGACAACGACAUUGCCGUCACCAACUGUGCUCUGUCCUACAAGGGAGCCUUCUGGUAUAAAAACUGCCACCGGGUCAACCUGAUGGGACGAUACGGAGAUAACAGUCAUAGCAAGGGUGUGAACUGGUUCCACUGGAAAGGCCAUGAGCACUCGAUUGAGUUUGCAGAGAUGAAGAUCCGUCCAUCCAACUUCAGAAACCUGGAAGGACGGCGGAAACGAUCAUAAAAGACCUGAAGAGCUCUAGACCUGUCAACAACAACAUAAUCAACACUACUACUUCCGUCUCUGGACUCUAUGAACCACCUCUACCCCUCCCACACUGCAGCAACCAAAGCCUCUUCUACCAAGACCUCUCCACCCCCCCCCCCCCCCCCCCCCCC